GGGGGAGGAGGAGGAGGAGGAGGAAGAGGAAGAGCCCCGCGGGGGGUGCGCGGCCGCGGCGGCCGGUGACAUCACGCGUGGAGCUGCUGCAGAGGGAGGCGGAAAAUGGCUGCUGCCAGAAUGUUUUUCAGGGAACGUUUCAUAAAUCAUAAGAAUGACAAACAGAGAAGAGAAAAGGAAUGAGAAGGUUAAAGAAAGCCAUUGGCUCCCACCUGAGAUUUGACCUCAGAAGGAGAAUCCCAGAGGUGAACAGGAGGUGAUUCAGACAAGAAGUGAAAGAAGUAUAUUUCACCUUUGAUCUGUUUUGGCAAAGAAAACAUUAUAAAGAGAGGCAUCUGCAGUCCUUAGACAAGUGAGAGGACAGGGUGAGAAAACGCUGCUGGACUUCUCUUCCAGCUGCAUCUGUAUGACAAGAAAACCAUUUAAAAUGAAAAAAUUCACACUGUUUGAUUUUAUACAUGACAACUCGCUGCAAAUUGGAGAGACUUCGUGGAUUCAGGAUCUUCCCAGUGAUGACAGUGAACUAGAAGGAUUUCUGAAACCAAAUGAACAUGUGCUGGUUAACUGGCCUGUGGGAGAAAGAAAGACAGAAAAGCAUCUAGUGAAAGUUGUAUACAUGAGUGAUGACCCCCAAGAGCUGGUGGAAAUGAUGCAAAAGAUUCUACAAGAGGAUGAAAUAACGAAAAUACAAGUCCUUGGAAAAGGCAAGAGGAAGAGGAUAGAAAUGAUAUUCUCAGAAAGUGAAGACAGUGAUCUGGAUAAAGAACAGAAGAUGGUGAAGCAUAUAAAAAGAAAAAAAGCAUUUCAGGCAUCCGCUCCUGCCAGCAUCCUGAGUCAACUUGAAGCAUCUUUAAUUAACAAACAGAGAGAACCAUAUUCAGGAAGCAACUUUCUAUGCAGCGAAAGCAGCAGUGAUGAUGAAGAGCCUUUAUUUCAACUAUCCAAGGUGGAACUGUGUGCCAAAAUAAAAAGUCUCAAGAGGAAGCUGACAGACACCAUGAGAGAAAACUGCCGCCUGAGGCAGUCCCUGGUGAUGCUUCAAGUGUUGCCACAGGCAGUCACUCAUUUUGAGGAACUGGUAGGGAUGGCUGAAGCACUGCUCAAAGGGGGAGUGACAACGGCUACAUCCAGUCUUCAUUCACAUGCUGUUUGGAAAUCAUCUAACAACUCUUUAGCAGAUGUGUAUGCAGCUAUGCAUAGUAACUCCAGCUCACCAGUGACUUUGAAUAUGGAAGAUGAGGAGCAACCAACAGAAAAACAGUUCAAGAUCGAGAAGUGGCAGAUCGCACUUUGUAACAAGAGCAAACCUCAAAAAUUUAUAAACGACUUGAUGCAAGCACUUUAUACGCAUGAAUACAUGGCUACACACAGCCUGACAGGUGCCAAGUCAUCCUCUUCAAAGGAUAAAGCAGCGAAACCAGCUAUGAAUCAGAAUGAAGUUCAGGAAAUCAUAGGUGAUAACUUGUUAACGUUACUCAAUAUGGCACUGAUUUGACAGAGGGCUGUCUCUGACUAUGGUCACUAAUACUUAACAGCUGUUCUACUCAGGUUAUAUGUUGUUUUACAUUUCCUUCUUUGUCUCAGUGGGGUUUUUUUCAGCCCAUCUGUUAGGAGCUCUGUCAGUGAAAUGCUAAGUAGUCGUACUUCUGUUGUGUGGAUUUUGUGUUGUAAGUGACUACUCAGGAACAGUGAUAUUAUCACUUUAGAUUUUAAAGGGCUAACAUGCAGUGGUUGAAUUGGACCAUCGCAAUGUCAGAUUAAGAAAAUGGAAGGCAAAGAGAAGACACACUCAGAUCAAAUCUAAAACAAUGUCUGCUGUAUUCUGAAGUUAGUGAACAUUAACAAUUUUGACAUUUUAAAUAUUGCUUGAGGCAAAAUGAGAUACUAAGUAUGGGAGACAGGAACAGUGGUCAAAGAAGCAAGCAAAAUUUGUUUUAUGCUGAGAUUUAAGGCAGAAAAUGUUUGGUGAAUAGAAUAGGCAACCAGUUCAGAUGCAAGUAGAUGAUUUUAAAAAAAACAGUGUUUGGGGAGCACAUGAAACUUGAUUUUUAUUGGAUUCAAACCUGUAGUUUAAUAUUUUAACAACGGAGCCCAAAUUCCUGUACCAGAAUCCCUCCCCCAUGGCAAGUCCUCAGACUAUGCCAGUUCACUCCGUUCCCUUCCCAGUUUGUCUUCAUUUCCUGUACCUUUGUCUGGUUUUGUUGAAGUUGGCCAUCAGUUUCAGAAGUUAUCAAUAGGAUACUGAUGAUACUGUUGUGUAAGCCUCUUUUCUUUGAAAAUACACCCAUAGAAAAAGGCCUAAAAGUAGAACAGAGAAGGAAGGAGUGCGUAAAAUAGUGAACAUUUAGAGGAAGUAUGAUGAGACAAUUUCAGAAUGCAAUUGUAAAAAGUGUAAAGAAAAUGAACAAGGUUUACUGGGAAGAUCUACUAGUAACUUUUCUAAAGGGAAAGAGCUCGGAAAACUGAGCAAGGAGGCAAGGAAGACAGUCAGAACACUGGAUACUGCAUGCUGUACAGAGUUCAGUGAUGGGGGGAGCCUAACUGAGAAGUCAAAGAAGUUUGUUAAGAGAAACGAGAACAUUCCUGAAUUCAAACAGGAAAGUGUCAACACUAUGAAGGAGGAGAGGAAAAAUAAGGAAGAAUUUCUGGGAAUUCUAGAAAAUGAAAGAGGAGGAAAAAAAUCAAGGGAAGUGAGGAUGAUGAAGGAACUUCAUUAAUUGCUGGUGUUAAGUCCUGCAAGUGCUGCAGUAAAAAAAAAAAAGAGAUGAAAAAUAUAAGAGGAAACUGAGUGUAGGAGGCAUUAUCUACAAAUGCACAAUUAAUGAACAAGACCUGUAAGAUUCAGAGGCGUGAGAACUUGCAUGGAUAGGAAUAGGUCUCUGAUGGAAACAGAGGAAAGGAGAGGAUCAGCACACUUAGGCUGGAAGAUCUUCUUCCUUUUGAGUAAGCCAAGAACAGGCAUGGAAGUAUGAAAGACAGAGAGAAAAGCAAAGUAGAUGAAGUAGUGAAUAAAGACAGAAAAGUAACUAGAGCUGAAGCAGAGGCAGCCAAAUAUUUCAGAGAUGCAAUGAGGGCAUUUUAGAUCAUGGAUCUGUGGUUUCCCUGAUUUGGAGGACUCAUACACUAUUUCUUUCCAAACACAGAUGAUGCUUUGAUUAGGCGAAUGAUGGGACAAAAACUGAACAAUUGCACCAAGAAGCCAAUUUUAAGCAAAGAUCUUAACUCAGGUGCUUUUCAGAAGCAAGGUUUUUGUGGUUCAGCAGCUGCUCCUCAGGGCAUCAUCCCUUCGGCUGUUCCUCCCAGCACACAAGACGAGCAGGAUGAUGAUACAACAGCUGCUAAUGCACAAAUUCAGCAAAGCCACAGCCAUCCAAGCCCUGCACCUCUCAGCACCCAAGGGGAGAAAGAGUGUUUCAAACCUACUUCUAAAGUGGAAUCUCAUCUCUCCAGAAGCUCACAAGCGCCCUCUGCCAACCAGGGUUGUGGACAGGACCUCAGGAAUCCAGACAAGGAAUAACAGAACGUACUUCAUGCCAGCUCAAGUUCCUGUUGGAGGUGAAGGAACAGCAUAAAAUUAAAAUGAAAUAAUACAUAUUGGGCCUAGCACCAUUGGACAGAAAUAAUGCAAGCAGAGUAGAAGCUUGGGAACCAAUUCUUAAAGUGAAAAUCCCUCAGCUUAGCAAAAAUGAAGGUAUAUUAAUAUAUUUGGCUUUAAGAUAUUAUUAAAUAAAUGCAUGUUAUACUGUAAUUCAAAAUAUAUUAACUUGACCCAAAGUAUACAGGAACUGCUCUGCUUAGUUAGAAAAACACCACAUUAUUUAAAGUAAUACCAAGAGAAUUUGUAAGAGGAUCCUUAAUUCCCUUGCUUUCACCUUGACAGCUGAUGGAAAACCGCUUUACUGAUCAGAGAAAGAUCAUAUUGAUACAAAAGAGAUACAGAAGUAUGGAGAGAAAUACAAAUAAAUAUUUGAGGAUGCUGUUAACUUAGAAGGAAGAAAAAAUCUCAGGGCAGUGAUACUACCUGAGAUGUCUGAAAGAAAGAAGCAGCUCAUUUUUAACCUCCGGAAGUUGGAAAGGCACUGAAAGGAGGCUCAUUCUUUCUUAGCUCAGGGAAGAGUGCACUAGGAUGGCUUACUGGGUUGUGGAGGCCAUGGCUUUCCUCAGAGGCUUUUUGAUGCUGAUGCUUUGAUUUGGCAGCUCUCAUUGUCUCUUUCCUGACCUCUGGGUCCAGAAGAUAAAGGUAAUCGUUCCCCCAGCCAAAAAAAUGGAAGAUAAUCUCUGGAAAGCAGUUAGUAAAGGACAGAGCUGCCAGCUCUUUCUCUGUAUGUUUAGAUUUUGGUACACUGCUGUUGGAUUAAAGAGUAGGUAGAGAGGUAGAGCUUGUUCCUCAUGGGAUUGGCACCAGAAGUCCCCCAUCAGCUGGUAGUUCCUCUUGAGCUCUAACACCAUUGCCCCAGGGGCACAACUAGCAGUCAUGCACCCUGUAACUGCCUGAGAAGGAUGAGGAAUGGUGCAUUUUUUUUCCUUUGUGGAUUGAUUCCAGUUUGUUUUGUAGUGAUGGAAAGAGAGAACACUUGAACUACAGCUUUCACACUUGAGGGUAUCUCUUCCAGAACAGCGAGUACUAACAGUCAAAUCUAUUUCAUACUUGGCAAACAAGCAACUAAUGAAUCAAGAUGGGAAAAAAAUGAACAAAGAAAUAAACAAAAAACCCUUGACUAACUUUGUAUGAGGACUUACAGAACUAGAAACAGUACAAGGGUGAAUGCAAGGAAAAAAAACAGAAGGUAAGGUUAGUAACUGAAUACCUCUGAAGUGCUGCAAACUUUCCUUUGUUAGAACAAUGCACUAAUAAAAUAUACUGUAGAGAAGACUUCUUGGAUAGGAUGGAAUGGGUAGAUCACUGAAAUGAUCUACUAGCCUCAUUCAUCUCUCACAUCUAUCAAUUCCUUGUAAACAGGAUUAAGAUGAAAGCAGAUAGGACAAUGUGAUUAAGUUCCGCCUCACUGCCAUGCAUCAAAUGGAACUGGAGGAUGUUUGCUACUACAUAUAUUUUGUAUAUGUAUCUGUAUAUUCAGUGCACAAGAAUGUAUAUAAUUAAUCAUAUUUUUGAAGCAGAUUUCUAUCAAAUAAAAUGAAACAUUACUA